CCAAUCUCUCAACACCCCACGCCGUUCGCGACAACGAAGAAUAUAGGUCGCUCUCGACGCAUAGGAAACGUUUAAGCCGUCAAAAUAGCUUUCCAUACACCGACCUAACUGCUCCGGCACAAGGAGUGGAUUGCCAUAAAGCCGAAAGCCUCCGACUGACGCACGACAUGACAACAGCAACAGCGGAAAUGGGAGGCUCAUGAGUUGCCAACAGUAUAUGCUGGUGUAUGUUGCCCUCACAUAUCCGAUUUCAUACUCCCUCCUUUAUACCCUGAUCCCCCUGUAUGACGAAGAUGUCGCCCGUGCUCCAAUCAAGGCGGCCUCUCGAGAGUCCUCGCCCGGUUCACACGAAGCACGCUGCUGUUGGGAAUACAGACGAAGCUGUAGUUCGGCAUCAAGAUAGUAUACCGCAUAUUACAGCCUUUCCGAUCCGCACUAUUCAACCCGAAGUACGCACAACAUUCCAAAACCAUCAACUUCGAAGGAAAACGCCGAACGGAAUAGUUGAUGCUGGAUACGAUGCGUCCUCGAGACUGGAAAAUGGAGAGCCUCCUGCCAAACAUUUGGUUCUUUCCGCAACCAUGGCAGGUUCACAAACGCCAAUACUCGACCCAUACCAUGUCUCUGCUACCGACAUGCUAUGGUCAGCCCAUUCACUCGCACAAAACCCUAUAACAAACCACACACAGAUUCCAUGGUUCAACCCUUUCUCUCCCAACACCACUACCCACUUUGUCCAGGGUCCGUUUCAACCCACCAUCCGUUCCAAUGACUAUAAUAUGGGAGCUUUCUGUCCUAUGCCUCAGGAGGUUGCGUUUGGACAAGAUCAGCUUCACUUUGGCCAGAUAUACGAGAAUGGGCCGGCUCUAGCUCCCCACGAUGCAUCUCAAUUGGAUCAAAGAUCAGAAUACUAUCCGGGUAUCUCAUUACAGAACCCUUUUCUGCCAACCCCAAUACAAGCACAAUCCAUUACCAAGGCAGUCAAUACCCAGCCUAAUAUCAUUGGAUAUCAAAUACAGUCGGCACCAGCUUAUAGCCAACCGCCAGAUACACAGCGCCAUUUUAAAGAAAGGGCCUUGAUUCAAUCAUACAAAAGAUAUAUGAGCUUAUUGGCUUAUAUACAGACAACGACAAGACACAAUCUAGGGAAAGAUAAAAUAAAAGCUCGAUUCAGACAUAUGGUUUUCCCAAAACCGCCUAAACCAUAUAGUCCCAACAGCAUUCUCUCCAGCAUUGCCCCGCCUCCUGUAUCAAUUCCGACAAACUCAUCUAUCGUCAACCAUCAUAAGCACCACUACUCACCCCAACCACCUGUUCAGACUCAGGUUGGUGCUCCUCAACAUCUGUGGGAUGCGCCCAAACGAGACGCUAGCUUACUGAGACAACCCAUAUUUCCGGAUGUUGGUCAAUUGCAGACACUACAAUCUACGGAUUGUCAUCUUAUACCACGGACCAUCACCAUGCAGAACGAAGAUGACGGUGAAAUGCUGGUAUCCGAUGUGAGAUGCUCGUUAGAAGUGAUAAAGACUAUGUGCGAACAGGCGUCAUGGACCUGGGUGGAUGGCAUGCUACUCCUUGGUUGUAUGUAUCACGCCCUUGAACAAUUUGAAAACGCACUGUUAUGGUUCGCGAGGAUAAUAAACAUGAAUUCAAGCCACGUUGAAGCCAUUGCCAAUAUGGGCGCAACAUUCUAUUGUUUGCAGCGUCAUGAAGAGGCUGAAAAGCAAUGGCUACAAGCUGUUUCACUCCAACCAAGUUAUUUAGAUGCAGCUGAGCAUCUUGUUGGACUAUUAUACAAGAGCAGAAGCCAGGAAGCCGUCAAUAUUAUCGAUGGAAUACAAGAUACUCUGAAAGACAAAGGAAAUAAUACUGCAGCCAGCGCGUUUCAGUUGAACAAUUUUGACAACCCGCUGAUAAAUACCCGAUCGCAGAAUGGCCAUGACAAUACGGUUAGCUCAUCGCGUGGUUAUACACUCCCCCCCGAAGAGAAUGGUCGCAUGCUUGCAUUGGUUCACGCCAAAGGUACGAUGCUGUACGGUUUGAAACAAACGGAGCGGGCUGCUGCUGCAUUUGAAGAAGCGAUCAUGAUAAGCACUGGCCAUAUCCUUGCCGAUACAUGCGACUUGAUUCAGCAUAUUCGAUCAAAACUUCACUCUACGCUUGCAGUUGAUUCAUCCACAAAAGCAAUGCAACCACUCUUGUUGACGCCUGAUCAAGCCCGGCGAACUGCAGAACUUGCCUUUGGUGGUAACGGUACUCUACCAGGCCUUUCGCAAUUGCUAGAUCCGGUUCAGUUUAAAGGCGCUAUACAGACAACAAGCAAUGCUCUGUUAUCACUCGCCAAGAUUCUACAAGAUGCAUGGGCUGGUGGCCACUCGCGUGUGGGUUUGAGACGGUCUCCAUCUGGGGUAGGGGAUAUUCUUACCUUGUAUUACCUCUCCCUGUCAUUGCAAGAAAGCCCCUCCACGGCGAAUAAUGUCGGUAUUUUACUUGCUGGGAUACAACAACCUAUUGAUCGGAUAUCCAAACCAGCCUCUUCUCGAACAACACCAACCCGAAUACCAGGAAUCGCCGCUGGUAGUGGGUUAGAGCUCGCUCUACUCUACUACAACUAUGGGUUGCGAUUGGAUCCGAAACACGUGCAUCUUCAUACCAACCUGGGCAGCCUACUAAAAGAUGUUGGUCAGCUGGAUCUAGCAAUUCAAAUGUAUGAGCGUGCUGUAGCAUGUGAUGGGAUGUUUGAUAUUGCCCUCACAAAUCUCGCUAAUGCAGUCAAAGAUAAGGGAAGAAUCAACGAGGCUAUCGCCUAUUACAAACGAGCUAUUGCUGCCAAUCCCAACUUUGCUGAAGCAGUAUGCGGCUUGUUUACGGCGUUGAAUUCUGUUUGUAAUUGGCGUGGUAGGGGUGGUGCUGUGCUGUAUCAUGGAUUAUACGAUCGAUGGCACGUCAGUGAUGAUGGCAAGUUGAUUGACUCGGCCAGCUGCCGCCUAGCGUCAGGGUUGACAAAGGCAGUGAUUGAUAUUAUCCAUAAGCAGCUUGAAGGUGCUGCCACAUGGGGCGUAAACACAAUACGCCAACCCUUGAUGUCUCAAAUUGCCACUUACUGUCAACACCUCUUAACCGAAGCAUCCUUCGACAUGCUGUCAGCUCUCCAAGCUUGGGCUGGAUUGCCGUGGGAAGGGUCUCGGCUUGUCAGGUUGCUAGAACGUAUCACUCGUGUUGCUAUGCGCUUUGCAUACCGCGACCUCUUCGUCAACCGCAACUCUGCUCGUCAUGAUUGGCCAAGGUUGAAGCUACCUGAUGACUUGAGUGUACCAACGGCACCAACAGUCUUGCCAUUCCAUACAUUUACGUGCCCGCUCUCGGCGACAGAUAUUCGGAUGAUCUCACAGAGAAAUGCUCUUCGAAUAUCAUGUUCUACGCUGCGUGCAUCAUGGCUCCCUCUGAAACUCUUGCCCCCACCUUCGCCGCCCUCUCCGCACCUCAAUGUGGGCUACGUCUCGUCAGAUUUCAAUAACCACCCGUUGGCACACCUAAUGCAAUCUGUCUUCGGCCUGCAUCGUUCUAGUCGAGUUCGUGCACAUUGCUAUGCAACUACUCCAAGCGACAAAUCUGCCUACCGAAUGCAGAUUGAAAGAGAAGCGCCAUGUUUUCGAGAUGUUAGUAGCUGGUCGCUUGAUCGAAUCGUGAACCAAAUAUCAGCCGACAAUAUUCACAUUCUAGUCAACCUGAAUGGAUAUACACGUGGUGCACGGAACGAGAUAUUCGCCGCACGAGCUGCGCCUCUGCAAAUGUCAUUCAUGGGCUAUGCCGGCACACUUGGGGCGGAAUGGUGUGACUACUUGCUGGCAGAUUCAACAUCAAUCCCGGAAAAGACCCUUCGUCCGUGGCGGAACAAUGUCACCAUUGAAGAUGUAUUCCGGGAUGACUCGGAGGGCACUGAUGGCAAUUGGCUAUACUCUGAAAAUAUUAUCUUCUGUCGUGAUACAUUCUUCUGUUGUGAUCAUGCACAGUCUUGUGCAGAAGGCGAACGCGGGCUAUCCUGGGCAGACGAAGAACGACGGCGCUGGGAAAUGCGAAAGCGAUUGUUUCCAUCGCUGGCUGACAAUACCGUCAUCCUUGCUAAUUUUAACCAACUGUACAAGAUUGAGCCCACGGUCUUCCGAUCUUGGCUAAGAAUACUGGCCCAUCUCCCGAAUGCUAUUCUGUGGCUUUUACGGUUCCCGGAGGCUGGUGAAGCUAAUCUUCGACAGACCGCUUUGGAUUGGGCCGGUGCUGAAAUUGCUGGUCGAUUGCAUUUUACAGAUGUUGCUCCAAAAGGGCAGCAUAUUGCGCGCGCUCGUGUCUGUGAUCUUUUCCUUGAUACUCCAGAGUGUAACGCGCACACUACCGCAGCUGACGUCCUUUGGUCUAGCACCCCUCUGCUAACUUUACCUCGUUACCCAUAUAAGAUGUGCUCACGUAUGGCUGCGUCCAUUCUCAAGGGUGCGCUGCCAAAGACUACUGAAGGGGACGCAGCUGCGGCGGACCUUAUAAAGGACGACGAAUUAGCGUACGAGAAUGCAGCCGUUCGCCUGGCAUCUGACCUGGAAUACGUCCAGUGUCCAACAGCAGAUUAUUUUACAUGCAGUGGACGCCUCGCUGAUAUACGUAAAUUACUGUGGGAAAACAAGUGGACAUGCGGUCUGUUUGAUACCAAACGCUGGGUGUCUGAUCUAGAGUCAGCAUAUGAGCUGGCGUGGCAGAGAUGGGUCGAUGGCGAAGGUGGUGAUAUAUAUAUGUGAUGUAUGACGGAUAUUUCAAGAUAGCUUAUAUAUUUUUGAGGUAAUUCUGUUGCAUAUUCUUGUGGGCCGGAAUAGACUACUUGAAAGCAACCAUGCGGCGUGAGUAGAGAUAAAGGUACUGGCAUGGGCUCUACAGAGGGACAACAGCGCACAACACAGAGGGUGAAUGAGGUUGUCUAUUAUAUAUACCACAAGUUUGCUAUGAGAUUUAUAUCCCAAGUAUACUCAUGAAGUUUAUAGGCAAAUAUUAAUCAACUAGCGAGUUGGUGAGCAUACCGAAUGAAGCUUGCCGGGUAGCAGUUGAGCUGUCCAUUAUGGAAAGUAUUUUCAGGCGGGCCAAAGCCGAAGAAAGCCCCAAAAAUAACGGUCGGGUGGGCUGCAUUGAUGGGAAAGAGCAAGAGGGGGAGUGCACGGGCGCCAGAGCGCGCCAAGCUGAACUGGCGCCCGACUCGCGAAAAUCGAAAAUUCGCGGCCUCUGGCGGUCAGCAUGGCUUGAGAAUCGGCCCCCAAGGUGUGGUGGGCCAGGCGGGGUGUCAAUAUUGACCCAAGAGAGUGGUACAGAUUUGCGCUACAGACAAGGUUGCCGCACUACGUGUUGGGUCGACCCGGCCAGGCGGUUGGCCAGCACGGCCCGCGACAGGAGGAACAACAAUGCGACACCAACAGGCUCGUCCAAGUGUAUCCGAGGGCUCAGCGUUGCCAGGCCUUGCGAUACACAGUGGAGCAGGGCAGAAGGGGAGCUUCCUCUAACCAAAUACUGGGCAGGAGAAGAAAAAAAGCGAAACGGCCAAAAGGCUGGCCAAGACAGGAAGAGAGAGGGGCUGGCUAUUUGGCUGCCUUGCUACCAAGGCACCGAUGUUUGCGGGGUGUCAGCGUGGGUUUUCGGCGAGCUUGGAGGCUUCGAGACCUCCGCGGGUGGAUCGGACCAUCAGGCGUUGCAGUGCAAGCCAGCUGAGGCAACGCCCUGGGCGGGACGCCUGGGAAACGGUUUCCGCUAUUCUGCUACAGCGCGCCAAUUUCUUUGGCCAGCUACCAUGUAACAGGGGAGGCGUGGUCCUGCCGGUUCUGCUCGAUGAGAUGAAUCGCACUCUGUAUAUGGACCCUCUGGGAGAUGGCGAGGAGAGC